AAAGCAAACAGGAGCAGGGAGGGGGAGGUAAGGAUGUGGGGAGUUGGAGAGAUAGGAACAUAUAAAAGGAAAUUGCAUGUGCCUGUCCUGUGUUUUUAUUUCAUGUUUUCCACAAGGUCCAUGAAUGCAAAAUGAAGCUAUUGCUCCUAAUCGGCUUGCUGAUUUCUUGCUGUUGCCAUGCUGGGGCAGUGAACCGGGAGUACUAUAUUGGCAUUACAGAGACUGUCUGGAACUAUGCACCUGGCAAUGCCAGUGCCAUCUCUGGGCAGCUUUUUGCAGAAGAAGACCAGGCUGAAGUCUUUCUCAAAAGAGGACCACAGAGGAUAGGAAACACUUACAAGAAGGCUAUCUACGUUCAAUAUACCAAUCAUUUAUAUGAUGAGAUAAUUGACAAGCCUUCCUGGCUGGGUUUUUUGGGUCCUGUAAUUAAGGGAGAAGUUGGAGAUUCCAUUACUAUUCACUUGAAAAACUUUGCUUCCAGAAACUACACGCUACAUCCACAUGGUGUAACAUACACAAAAGAAAAUGAAGGUGCUUUUUAUCCUGACACCACCAAAGAUUUGCAAAAGCGAGAUGAUGCUGUGGAGCCUGGAGGCCAGUACACCUACACAUGGGAUGUGACAGAAGAUCAAGGUCCUGCUGAAGCAGAUGCAGACUGCAUAACCAGGGCUUACCACUCCCACAUAGAUGCUCCAAGAGAUGUUGCCUCAGGGCUUGUUGGGCCUCUAAUAAUUUGCAGGAAAGAUACAAUGAAUAGGGAUACUGAUCAACACUUUGAUGCUGAAUUUAUCCUUAUGUUUUCUGUGGUGGAUGAAAAUCUCAGUUGGUAUCUAGAGGACAAUAUCAGAACAUACUGUUUUGAGCCUUCCAAAGUGGACAAAGAUGAUGAGGACUUCCAGGAAAGCAAUAAAAUGCACUCAAUCAAUGGGUACAUGUAUGGAUACCUCCCAAACCUCACAAUGUGUGUGGAAGAUAAGAUAAAAUGGUAUCUUUUUGGCAUGGGUAAUGAAGCUGAUAUCCAUUCAGCCUACUUUCAUGGACAGACCUUAAUAGAAAGGCAUCAUCGAGUUGACACCAUCAGCCUCUUCCCAGCCACAUUCGUUGAUGCUGUCAUGGUACCAAGGAGCCCUGGGGAAUGGCUGCUCAGCUGCCAAGUGAAUGACCACAUUGAAGGUGGUAUGCAAGCCCUUUUUAAAGUAGAAGAUUGUAAAAAACACACAACAAGUCACAGUGAGAGUACAAAGAUAAGACAGUACUUCCUUGCUGCUGAAGAGAUUAUCUGGAAUUAUGGCCCAUCUGCAGUGAACAAUUUUACAGGACAAGAAUUAAUUGUCGACAGUGAAUCUCAGAUAUUUUUUGAACAAAGUGAGACAAGAAUUGGUGGCUCCUACAAAAAAGCAAUUUACAAGGAAUACACAGAUGGUUCUUUCACUGAACAUAAAAAAAGACUUGCAGAGGAAGCACAUCUUGGACUCCUAGGACCUGUGAUCAGGGCUGAAGUGGGUGAGCGCAUCAGGGUGACCUUCCGGAACAGCGCCAGCCGCCCGUUCAGCAUCCAGCCCCACGGCGUGAGCUCCCGCAGGAGCGGGGCCGGGGCGCGCUUCGGCGCCGCCGCCGCCGGUACCGAAUCUCCAGCCUCUCACGUGAGUCCCGGCACCACAUUUACAUAUGAAUGGGACGUGCCAGAAGAUGUGGGUCCCACAGAGCAAGACCCAGACUGUUUAACCUGGCUUUAUUACUCAGCUGUGGAUGCAGUCAGAGACACCAGUUCUGGUCUUGUGGGUCCUCUCCUAGUGUGCAGGAAAGGAGCUCUGCUUUCUUCUGGGAAACAGAAAAAUGUGAACAUGGAGUUUUUUCUACUUGCCACGGUAUUUGAUGAGAAUCUGAGCUGGUAUUUGGAUGAUAAUAUUUUGAUGUUUACCCUAAAUCCUGGUAAAAUUGACAAAGAUGAUGAAGACUUCCAAGAGUCUAACAAAAUGCACUCCAUUAAUGGUUAUAUGUAUGGAAAUCAGCCUGGUCUUGAGAUGUGUAAAGGAAGUGUUGUUUCCUGGCAUUUGAUGGGCUUGGGUUCAGAAGUUGAUGUCCAUGGGAUAUACUUCUCAGAAAACACAUUUGUAACUAAAGGAACAAGAAGGGAUACAGCAAAUCUGUUUCCACAUGCAGUUCUUACAGCUAUUAUGAAGCCUGAUUCUGAAGGAAUUUUUGAAGUGUCCUGCCUGACAGCAGACCACUACACUGGGGGCAUGAAACAGAACUACAAAGUGAAAAAAUGCCACAGGGGGAAAGAAGAUGUAUCUACGUAUUUGCAUGAAAAGAUUUACUACAUUGCUGCAGUGGAAGUUGAAUGGGACUAUUCUCCUAACAGGACAUGGGAAUUUGAGCGGCAUCAAUACCAUGAGGAAAGCCCUGGCAAUCCAUUUUUAAAUAAAGAUGACAAAUUCAUUGGCUCAAAAUACAAAAAGGUAGUAUAUCGUGAGUACACCAAUCAGACAUUCAGUAUCCUCAAAAACAGAGCAAAGGAGCAGCAGCACCUGGAAAUUCAAGGACCACUGCUUGUGUCAAAUACUGGAGAUAAAAUUACAAUAGUUUUUAAGAACUUAGCAUCAAGACCUUAUUCUAUCCAUGCCCAUGGAGUGAAAACAGACAGUUCUGUUGUUGCUGUAACUAACCCAGGUGAUACAAAAAUAUAUGUCUGGAAAGUCCCAGAGAGAUCUAGUCCUGGAAGAGGAGAUUCACAUUGUAUUGCAUGGGCAUACCAUUCAACAGUGGACAUUGUUAAGGACACUUACAGUGGAUUAAUAGGCACACUCGUUGUGUGUCAUAGACAUUACCUGCCAUCAUUUCAUACUAAAAAGAAAGUUCAGUUUGCUCUUCUCUUUAUGGUUUUUGAUGAAAAUGAGUCAUGGUACUUGGAUGAAAACAUUAAAACAUAUUCUACCAACCCACACCUUGUUCACAAAGAAGAUGAGGGAUUCCUUGAAAGUAAUAAAAUGCAUGCCAUUAAUGGAAAGGUGUUUGGAAAUCUGCAUGGCCUGACUAUGCACGUUGGAGAAAAUGUCAGCUGGUAUCUGAUGGGAAUGGGCAAUGAGGUAGACAUUCACACAGUACACUUCCAUGGCCACAGCUUUGACUACAAGCAAACAGGGGUUUACCGGGCAGAUGUCUUUGAUCUGUUCCCUGGGACAUCUCAAACUGUGGAAAUGACCCCAGAGAACCCUGGAACCUGGCUGUUACACUGUCACGUUACUGACCACAUCCACGCAGGCAUGGAAGCGACCUACACUGUGCUCCCAAAGGAAGACUAACUGUCUCUGUUCCCAAGAUUGUUCAAUCAGUUCAAGUGUAAAGGCAUGCCAGGCACUCAAGAAUGAUGAAAGCAUUUUAACACAGUGAUCCUCCAAGAUCUACCUUAAUUUCUUGGAAAAUACUCUUCUGGAUCACUCAUCUCUACACUGUUUGGAAGAUUUCGCAUAGUGGCCAUGGCUAAGAAAAGAACCACAGACUAAGACAGCUGAAUGGAUAUAACAGCUUAUAAAUAUAUGUUUCUGUAAAUGAAAAUAGUAUCUUACAAGCGACACAUAUUCUAGGUGAUGGCUAAUGCAUGUUAUUUAGCAGCUGAGGAACAUGGAAGAGCUAAUGAAAUGUACAUUUUUUUAAAGUUUGCAAAUAACCUUGAGUAACAGCAAAAUUUGGGCUAUCAGUCAUCAUCCUGUCACAUUUUACUAGUAUGUCUGUAGUAAAUGCUUAGAAAACAGGAAUUUGGUUAUCACUUUGUAUCUUUUCAGUGUGAACCUAUGGAUAUAUUAUUGUAUAAUUGAGCAGUUAACAAAAUAGUUAUCUCUGUUGAAUUACUUUGCAAUUUUAUUCAGUAGUACCUCUCAAGAAUGUGCAUUUAAAAGAUUUGGUUUUCUGUUAUGAAAAUAAUUGUAAGGCAAAAUUAGGUUGAAAUCAGCCUGACGAAAUGCAGAUAGUGAAGGCCAAAAUUUGGUGACUAUGUGAAAAGCUUUGCUCUGAUGACUCCUGCAGUGGAAUAAUUUUGCUGUUGCAGCUCUUGGCAAGGAAAAAGAAAGUGUUUCCUGACAGGUGGAAACAACAGUGUUAGAGCAUGGCUGAUGCUACUCAAAAAUUAAACCAGUAAGAGUGAUAUGGUUGCGUUCCAAUAACCCAACCCCUUAUGUUAGAUCCAUGCUAAAUGAGAAGGAAAAAUGUAUGGGACAGGCAGGGAAAGCAAGAUAUCUGGGCUUUAUGCCUGCAAGAAUGAAAUUGCUUCUCUUUAACAAGCCUAAAUCGCUUUGGUCUUUUUUAAACAUUAUACUGAAACCAGCAUAAUACCUAUCAGUAAAUUAGAUAAUUUUAUCUGUAGCAGGAAUGCUAUGUGAAUAAGUUAAACUACUUUUAUCUCUUUUUUUUUUGUUAAUGUAUUUUAGCUGAAAUAUAGAUGGUCUCUUCUGACUGACUUCUGCAGGUUUAAAUAACAUUGCAACUCCUGUGAAAACACUUUAUAAUAGAGUCACUGUCAGCUAAUUAGGCCUUUAGAUGGUUAUGGGAUCAUGGGAGUUGUUGUAUUUUUGGUAAUUGUCAAAAACCCCAAACUACAUUCAUAAGGACAUUGUGAACAUUGUGACAGUUUAUUAUGACUGAAUUCCCAGCUCUGAAGGAGCAGAAAGCAUCUUUCUGCUCACAAGACAGACAAACAUCAGUACACACAUGCACAAGCACCUGAGAUGCUUACCAAGAACCUUGGAAGAAAUAAGGUUUUUUUUCUGGAUUCAUGGCCUAGUGAUCCUUCAAAUACUAUCUACUGACUGAGCAUAACAGAAGAAAGAAAAUGUAGCAAGCCAACUGCAGUACAUAUCUUCUACUUCUCUUGGAUUAAUGGCCUUUUCUUGCUAAGUGCUAAAUUAAAACAUUUUCUGUAUAACACUUGCCUGGGUAUGUAACUAAGAUGAGAGAGCAGCAGCCUGAUUCUGCCAGCUAGAAUUCAAGGAAAUGUCUGUGUUGCAAUAUCAAGUCAGUUGGACCCAAUUCCACUUGGAAGAGUAAGGCACUCCCUUUUACGCAUAAAGUUAGACACAUGCCUGAGCCUGAAUUCCUCCCUAGGUCAGUGAUCCAACUAACAAAGAUUGAAGACUGACUUUCUGCUUUACUUUCACUGAACACUGUAUGUUCAGUUGUACUGUAGAGUCUGUAUUUCCUAGCUGCUUUGGCAGAAUUAGCUUCAAAACAGAUUCUUUGCCUCAGGAAACAGCUGUCCUUCAGUAGUUGAUGCAAGAUGUAUGUGAAGGAAGGCACACAGUAUCUUAUAAGCAAUUAUACUGCUUGUUUCAUUUACUUUUUUAUUACAGCACAUUGUAGUUGAGUGGACAGCAGGUCCACAGAUCAUUAUUUUAGGUCACCAGCUUCCUCUGGCUGCAGUGAAGAAGAUGUGGUAUAAAAAAUGCUGCAGUUCCAUCUUCUGGCAGAAGACUGAGGAAAUCCCUUAGCUCCAGUUCCAUUGCAACAAUUGAUAGAGUUUCUGCUCAGAGCAGGGGAGAAAAUAUUGUUCAGGUAUUUUGAGUUUAGAACAAAGAAAAAAAACCCAAAGUAUUAACAAUGUAAUUAUUAAUUAAAGUCAUCAAAUUAUUUAAGUAUUACAACUGGAAUGACAUUUGAGACAUGGCCAUUUGUGUACAAACACAACUAUGGGAAAUCUACAAAGUAAACUGAAAUUAUGACUUUGAUCAAAAAUACGCCUCUAUCUUGACACAUCAGCUCUACACAUGGCACUCUUAUGAAGCCUGAUCUAGUGUUUCAUAUGUUUUGUAUGAAAUGCAAAGUAAGCCCUAGAAAUCUUAUUAGUACGCUAACUCAACACAAUCUGUAAAACUGGAUGCUUUGCAAGAAGUUUCUCAGACCAAGCCAUGUAAUGUUAUGCUCUCAUCCAAUUACAACACAGUUACUGCGUGAAAAUAAAUCCAAAGAAAAACUGCUGGCACCAGAAACUAUAAAUUUACAAGAACUGUGCUGCACAAUCCAACCCCACAAUGCUGUUUUUCUCAGGCAUUCCGAUGUAUUGUAUCCACUCCAAGUAUUGUCCAAUACUUUGAACAAUAUAUAUGCUUUAUUUAAUAUUCCUAAUUUGUCAAAACAAUCACACUGGCCCCUCAGCUAUACACAAUAUUAUUAAUUAUUAAUUUCUUACAAACAUGUAAUGAUAGGACUACAGAACUACUAGGGUGGAUUUCUCUACUUCUAAUAUUAACAUACUUGUUUUUUUAGUCUGUGACCUAAUCAUCAAUACACACUUAAGCCUCCCCGUGUUAUCAAUAACAGCCUAUUACCUAAGAACAAUAUAGUCACUUAGCCUAGAAAAAAACAAUUAGAAUUAGUUCAGUUUAGUAGGUUUUUUAGUGGUGUCUAUUCCUUACCUAUACAGAAAGAGUAUGAUUACAACAACAUACCUGUUUUCAAUACAAAAUGAGUGCAAGAUUUUUAUGAGGCUACACUGCCUACAUUGCAGAAUUCUGUGCUAAUGACCAAAAAGGUUGCUAAAUUGCAUUAGCUUUAACUGAAGGAAAAGAUCCUCCUUUUUUCCUCCAAAGUAUCAUCUCAGUAGUCCUUAGUCUGAACAGUUAUUAAGAAUGUUAACUGUUAUACAAAGCCUUCUGGAGUUGAGCUACAACCAAUUGAUUUACCUUUGAGUGAUGAAAUAAGAACAGGGCAGUCAUUUCCAGUACGUCUAGUUCUCUUGCAAAGUUCAGGAAGCAGCUUGUUCCACCACAGAGCCUAAUACAGAAAACCCAACAGCAAAUGUGUAAAUGAACAAGGACUGGAAUUAAGACUAUGAAAGACCUGCUACAAAUAACCUGAACUAAGCUCAGAUAUGUACAAAUAGAGGUCAGUUAUUACGAACUCAAUAAUUCGUUUAUAUAAUGCUUUGAAAUGCUGUGGUUUUGCAUAUGUUGUGUUUUUCAAUCUUCAGUGUAACUUUUUUCUGCUCAAAAAUCUUUACACAUUGUCCCUCAUACCUCUAUAGAAAAAAGUCACCUAAUUUGCAAUACUAAUGCAGUCAGAGAAUUGUUUUUUUUUUUUCUCAAAACAGCUAAAUGUAAAGUGGUAAAUAGCAUUGCUCUGUCUCCUGACUUGAUCUGUCUCAUUCCAACAGCUGUAGCAGUAUAUUAGGUUUUGUGCACAAUUUUGCAGACCAUAGUGAAGAGAAGGAAAGGGAUUUCUUUCCUCCUUUAAAAUAUGGUAGCUAUUUUAACUUGUGUUCAGAUGCAGUACUGCAACCUCACAUUCUAGUCUAAUGUGGGAACAAUCACAGAAACUGUUUUCAGAUUUGAAUAAAAAACUCAAAUCUGGUUCUGAA